AUGUCAGAUCUCGCAGAUGAGCCUGACCGUGCAGGCAGUGACAUGAACAACUCCUUCGACAAUCGGGGUUCGCUGCCAAACAACAGAGUACACGAAGCCACUUCGCCAACUGCGCCCCGCAAGUCGAACCAGACCUCGCCUUCCACCGAUCAGCCAAAGAAGAAGCGCAAGCAUGCGUAUAUUGUCGCCGUUCGAGAGGGACAUGGCUAUCACAAAAAGUCCAAGACCGACUCAGACACUGCUGCGCCGGACGAGCAGUCUCCUCCACGGGAUGAUUUUCCUACGGCUCCAAGCUUACCAGGUCCCGCAUUGAUGGACGACUCUGCUCCUAAUCUACUGCAGGAGGACAAUAUUGGACUGAGACCAUCCACAAAUGACACCAUGGCCGUCUCUAAUCCGAGCGCAGCUGCACCAAACGCUGGUAUCAAUGGUAAUGCUCACCCCCACUUCAGUUAUAAUGAUCCAUGGACCGGAGUCCAAAAUCGAUUUCAUGAUAUGCAGGCCUUUCAUCCCAACUAUAUGUUCAACGCAAACGAGGUCACUGAUGAAUUCAACCUGCUAAACGACUUCCUCAGCAACAGCCUAUUUGAAGAGACCGGAAUGUAUUCCACUGAUGAAUUCCAGGGUCCCUUCAAUGAUCCUUCGUUCAUGAACUCGAUGGCAGCUUCUUCUUUCCCGACCUCCGGAGUCGAACCAAUCCUUUCGCAGGAGCACGUCAACAGCGUCCAUGCAACCACUCAGAACAACGCAGCUCAAGCAGCGCUGAUAUCUAGGCCGUCGAGUGUAAAGCCAGCAUCGGACAAAGCGCGAGAAAAGUAUUACAUGAUGGCUGCCGAUCCGACGGGCGCUGAACCUCCGGAGGAGCGCAUGCAAAAGUUACUCAAAGCAAAAUACGAUGCAGGAAUGUUAAGACCUUUCAAUUACGUGAAUGGAUAUGCCCGGCUCAACAAGUACAUGGAAAAGAACAUGAAGCCACAUUCGCGUCACAAGAUCUUGAUGCAAUUGGACCAGUUCCGGCCGAAAUUUAGAGAGAGAAUGCAGAGCUUGACAGAUAUUGAAUUGGUUCUGGUGGAGAUGUGGUUUGAAAGGAGUUUGAUGGAGUACGACAGAAUUUUCGCUAGCAUGGCCAUUCCAGCCUGCUGUUGGAGAAGGACGGGUGAAAUUUUCAGAGGAAAUAAGGAGAUGGCAGAGUUGAUUCAGGUACCCAUCGAAUCACUUCGUGAUGGAAAGCUUGCCAUCCACGAGAUCAUCGUCGAAGACCAGCUGGUCAGCUACUGGGAGAAGUUCUGUGCCAUUUGCUUCGACCAGCAGCAAAAGGCUAUGCUCACCAGCUGUACACUACGCUGUCCCACGGCAGGUGCUGACGUCGUGGACAUUCACUGCUGUUUCUCCUUCACCAUUCGAAGAGAUAAUCACAAUAUACUCGGAAUUCAACUUACUCAACUACAGGCCAACAUCGACUAUUUCAAAUCGCACUCAGGGCUAGCAGAAGCUGUCUUGGUAGGGUACUCUGGGCUGUUGGUAUCACUUUGCCUGACAAUCAUCCUUUCGGUAGAAGCUGGCCUGGUUGACCUCGCCUCCAAGGUCAUUGAACAGCUGGCUGUCAAAUCGGAAGAUCUCCUUCAAAGAGCCAGUCAUGAUGACCUCGAUAUCGAAAAACCGUUUGGCGGGCAUGAACUAAAGAAACAGGCGUGGAAACAAGGACGAACAGAGCUAGCCGAACAUUUUUACAGCCAAUUCGAGGCAUCCAAAUCCGAGUUGGAUUCCGCUCGCAUUGGACAAGCACUUGACCUAUGCUACGAGAUCGGCAAUGAUCAGCUCAGUCAGAAAAAAUACACUGUCGCUGCGCAAUGGCUCAGAAGGGGCUGCCAGCUUGCAAAUGAACCUGAAACGCAGGCAGUGCGAGCUCUUUUGGCACUUAAGGAGGGAGAACCCGGACAGGAGGCUUUUCAACUCCUCCAGGUCCUUCGAGAGGAGUACAGCCACAGGCUUCCCGUCAUCCUGCUACAAUUAGAGGUCGCUGCAAAAGACUCAUAUACCAAUCCGGACGCCUUCUCAGCUGAUCUAUUGAGCGUUGUCCGAUCGGCUCACCUGAUCCACUCGAAUCAUAAGCUUACGGCCCACGCAAUCCGAGUAUUGGAGUCGUAUAUUGUCUUGAGACUUGCUUCAAGCGACGAACACGCAUGGACCGAAAAGGCCAUCAUCACAUUGAUCUGGCUCAUAACAGCGGAAGGCGAGGGCCAGAGCAGCGUCGACAUGCUGUCCCUUGAAGGGACAUUCGAGAAGAUCUACCGAGCCUGGAAUAAAGCUCUCAGUGCAGAGGCUACGCAUGGUGCAUUGAUUCUUUUCUGGAAGCGGAUCGAGCAUACCUUCGACCACGGAUUGAAAGAGAUCACCAUUAAAUGGUGCCAAGUUGCAUUGCAUCAACUGUUUAGCAAGGCUGGAGAUCACAACGUGGGCAAAAUUGAAAGGAGAAUAGUCAAAUGUCAAAUCGAUCUCCGCAACUUUGAAGCUGCUUUUGCAGCCCUCGAAACGAUGUCGCCAGCGAGAAAACAGCAUCCCCUUUCUCGAUACCUGCGAUACUGUCUCGCUCUGCGGCGUGGGGACGAAGCUGACGUCCAUGAUGACCGGAACAAGCUCUUGUUUGCCGCCGUUUCGGAAGCAACGCAAUAUGGUAGCAAAUUACAGGGAGCGCAACUCCUCCAGCGCAUUCUGGACAAAUACAACGACAAUCUGCCAACGGAAAUAGAUGCAUCUGCCCUUCUGAGACCAGCGGCGUCCUUUACGCGAAAGCAACAGGUUAGCGAAGAAACGACCAUGGAACAUCGAUUACAAGAAAGCAGGUGGUUUGAGAAGACCAGCUACAACACUGCCGUACAAUACCUCCAGUCAUGGCCGACGAAAUAUGUCAUUGACCUUUUGCACUAUUCGUGCCAAAUGCACUUGCCCACGCAUGCUCCAAGCCAGGUUCAAUAUGAGAAGCACAUCCAUGAGACUGGUGCAAAGUACAUCCAAGCGAUCCUGUACACUGUCCAGGCGAGGUCGGCAGCUACGUUGUCUACAGCAGAAGACAUUCCUAGGACGGCUUAUUCGGGAAAGGCACCACCACAUUCGCCGACAGAAAUCAAGUCUACUUUGUACAGAAAUGUCUUUGCCAAGUACUCGGAAAUUCGAACUCAUCUGAACGCCUUGCGUGAGGGCUCCAGUACAAGCCUCGUCGAGCAGGAGGUUCUCGAAGGGAUCACGCAGAACCUCAUUGUCUUGACACCCCUGGCGUUCGAAGCACUGCUCUUCCUCGUGGGUACCAGUACCGCAGAUGUUUCUAGCCCAGCCCCGGUUCAACACGAUUUCUCGCUUGCUGAAAUGGUAGACCAAAUGGUACUCCUGAACCCGCCGCAGAAGACGUACUCGCUUUUCGCCGACAUGAUCCUCUCCGCCUCCAUGAGCGGUUGCCUCGAGUCUACCGAGCCGUCCCAGCCGUCCGGCCCAGAGUCUUCGACUCCACCUGUGCUCCUGCCAGUCUCGACAACGACGAAUCUGCUCGCGAAGCUGAUAUCCGGGUUGCGAAACCACCCGGAUUACGACAGCAACCGGGCCGCGAGAUGGAUGAGGUGUAUGGUUCAAAUCGUUCUCGACCGCCGACGAGAUUCGCGACCCGAAAACCAGUAUCAGUCCGAGAAGAAUCUGAGCACCGUGGCGAGAAUCACCGAGCAUGCCCUGGAUCUGGCAACGUCCGCUGCUUCUUCUGCUGCCGCCGGGGGAAACGACUACCCGCCGGAAGAACUGGAGUGGCUGGCCGUCACGCUAUUCAAUCUCGCCAUCGAUCUCUACGCCUCACCACCACCACUACCAGCGGCGUCAUGCUCAGCCUCGGACUCUGCACCAGCCGACCACGACGAGCAUAUCCCGGAACACAAAAACAACAAACACAAGAACAAAAUCCAAGGCAGCAGCAGCAGCAGUAGUGGCAGUGGUGAGAUAGUUACGCUGCCGCAGUUCUGGGCGAGGAAAGCCGUGGCUGUCGCGGACAUUCUUGUCAUGAUGACUACCGCGACCGCAGGAGCCGGAGUCGGAGAUAGCGACGUUGGAGCUCUCGCAACAGUCCUCCGAGAAAGAUGCCAGAGACUGCACUGGGACGUGUGA